UCAGCAUGCCUCGAAAAACAUUUAAGACAAAGAGGCACCGAGUGAUUAACGUUGUUCAGAGAGCAGAAGCAGCAGCUCCUCUUCCCCAAGCUUUUACUUCACUUUUUCGCUUCCCAUGUCUGCUUCGCUCUUUUCCUCUGCUCCUCUCAACCCCGGCUAUGGCUUCUCCCUCUUCCCCGCGCUUUUCCUCUUCACCGUUUUUCUCUGCGUACCGCAUUUAGCUUAUUCUGCCUGUGGAAAGCCUCCGAUCAUCUUCAACUUCGGCGAUUCGAAUUCCGAUACCGGCGGAAUCGUCGCUGGCCUAGGUAUCCCCGUGAGGCUGCCCAAUGGCCGUACUUUUUUCGGCCGAUCUACGGGGCGCCUCUGCGAUGGACGUCUUGUUAUCGAUUUUCUCUGUCAAAGUCUGAACACAAGUCUUCUAAACCCAUAUCUGGAGUCGCUAGGUUCUAGCUUUUCAAAUGGGGCAAACUUUGCUAUUGCAGGGUCCGCCACGCUGCCUAAAAGAGUACCAUUUGCAUUAAAUAUUCAGGUCAUGCAGUUUAUGCAUUUUAAGGAUCGCUCAGCUGAACUGGCUGCUACAGGUGCCAACCACUUGAUAGGUUAUGAUAGGUUUGGUGAUGCGCUUUACAUGAUUGAUAUUGGACAAAAUGACCUUGCCGAUUCAUUUGCUAAGGGCCUAUCCUAUGUGCAAGUGGUCAAAAAGAUACCUUCGGUACUGGCAGAAAUCAAGAAUGCUGUUAAGAACAUAUAUGAACGUGGCGGCAGAAAAUUCUGGGUUCACAACACCGGGCCUUUGGGCUGUCUACCCCAAAAACUUGCUUUGGCUAAAAAUAUCUCUCACGAUCUUGAUUCAUUUGGAUGUAUUUCAAGUUAUAAUGAUGUAGCAAAAUUGUUCAAUGAAGGCCUACGCCAAAUAUCUGUAGAAUUAAGAUCUGAGAUGGAGGACGCAACCAUUGUAUAUGUGGAUAUGUAUACUAUAAAGCUUGAUCUCAUUGCCAACUCCACCAAAUAUGGUUUCUCAAGUCCACUAAUGGCAUGUUGCGGGUCAGGUGGACCACCAUACAACUACGAGAGAGGGAUAUCCUGUGGGUUUCCUGGCUAUCAGGUCUGCGAUCAAUCAUCUCAGUCCGUAAGCUGGGACGGUGUCCACUAUACUCAAGCAGCAAACGCCCUUAUAGCCUCCAAGAUACUCUCCACAGAUUAUUCAACACCACCAGUUAUGUUUGAUUUCUUCUGUCAAUGAUUGUGAUUCCAAGAAACUUCAUGUGGUCUCUGGUGGAAGAAUAUAUGGUGCCAAAUUAAUGGAGCUCGGCCACGCCUGCUCUGGUUUUUGACCAGCGUUGCUGGAGUAAUGGUCGACGCAUGGGCACAAAAGAGGCAAUCUCUACUCAAUGGUGCGACGGUAUCUUAAUAUGCCAACAGAGUCUUAUAAAUUAGUAUCACCAAGGUUAGUGUUUUAAGUACUACUAUCGUUUCUAGUGUUCACUAGUGAGUCUCAUGUGCAAUGCAUAUGUAGAAACUAGAUUUGUCAAUAGGCGGGUAAUACCGUACCUGAACCUAUACUAGGUUAGUACCGUAAUUGUUAGUUAUAUACCCUACUAGACCCUACCCGUAGAAUACCUAUUCAGUUUUACCCUGUUAUACUAAACAAUCGGUCGGGUUUGCGGUUUGUCUAUUAAACUUUGUGUUAUUGUUUUCA